UGAAGAAAACAAAUGUCCAACUCCGAAUCGGGGAAAUUAAAACGUGUUCAAAAGUUGAACGCACAUUUAUUUGGAGCCCGUGGAUGGAGUGUUUUGGAUGCUAUAGAGAUUUGAGACCGCAAGAAAAUUUGCUGAAUAUCCACUCUGUGGCUGUGUUUACCUCGCUCCCUUGGCUGACCUGCAGACAGCUUCAUCGGCAACUCCCCAAAAUAGCAUGCAUGGGAAAGACGGCCUUGAAAGAAUGUAGGCUAUGCCUACUGUGUGCUGCACCAUGGCGACAGAAGCACCAAUAACACAACAAAUUACGACUGAUCACCGGGAGAGGAAAAUACCGUGUGUGAUAAUUCGUCUCGAGGAGAUAGAGGACUGUUUAAUUUACAAUCGACACGGGGUUUCUUUCCAUUUCAAAGAAUUAUAUCAAGAGAGAAAAGCAAUCAUUGUUUUUGUGCGGAACUUCCUGUGUUACACUUGCAAGGAAUAUGUCGACGACUUAAGCAGAAUACCUCGAGACGUGUUGAAGGAAGCUGGCGUUAGACUUGUUGUGAUCGGACAAUCGGCCCAUAGACACAUAGAGUCAUUCUGCUCUUUGACUGGAUACCCCUAUGAAAUAUACGUGGACCCUGAGAGAUGCAUUUAUAACAAGCUUGGUAUGCAGCGAGGAGAAACCUUUAUGGAAUCUGCCCCCCCAAGCCCUCACGUGAAGUCCAGUAUGUUGGUGGGUCACAUGAGGAGCUUGUGGAGAGCCGUGGUCAGCCCAGCCUUUGACUUCCAGGGUGACCCCCUCCAGCAGGGGGGGGUCCUUAUAGCCGGCCCAGGCUCUGAGGUCCACUUCGCCCAUUUGGACAUGAACCGUCUGGACCACAUGCCCAUUGCCUGGAUGCUGCAGCUGGCUGGAGUGCAGGAGACUCUGGACAUCAGUGACAAGCCCAGGAUCCUCCAUGUGUAGCAUCCUUGUAGUCUGGGCUUGACUGUGUAGCACUCUUAUUGGCCUGAUCUGACUUGGCUGCUUGUGUCUGGGUUGUAGUCUGGCCUGGCCUGGCCUGCUUGUGUCUAGGUUCUGGCCUGGCGUCAGUGAUGCCAGGGGUUUAGCUCUGGUCAGCUGUGUUUACAUUUAGUCAUUUAGCACACUCUUAUCCAGUCAUUUAGCACACUCUUAUCCAGAGCGACUUACAGUAAGUAUUCUUACUAUGUGUAUUUGCUGGUUAUCUGAUAUUUUCAAGUUGAACUUUCACAAAUGAUUGAAUAUGAUUUAAUGCCAAAAGGAGGAUGUAUUUUUUUAUAUCUAGAAUGAAUGGCGGAAUUACCAAACAAA